AUGGAGUCCAACCUGCAGGGGACGUUCCUGCUGAACAACACUCCACUGGCUCAGUUCUCUGAGAUGAAGGCCCCCGUGUGCCAGUACUCCGUGCAGAACUCCUUCUACAAGCUCAGCCCUCCGGGGCUGGGCCCCCAGCUGGCCGCCGGCACCCCCCACGGGAUCACGGACAUCCUGAGCAGGCCCGUGGCCACGCCGAACAGCAGCCUCCUCUCCAGCUACCCCCACGUGGCAGGCUUUGGUGGACUCAGCUCCCAGGGGGUCUACUAUGGACCCCAGGUGGGGAAUUUUCCCAAGGCUGGCAAUGAGUACCCCACCCGGACCCGGAACUGCUGGGCGGACACGGGCCAGGACUGGCGAGGCGGGAGGCAGUGCAGCAACACCCCAGAUCCCCUGAGCGACAGCAUCCACAAGAAAAAGCACACCCGGCCCACCUUCACGGGCCACCAGAUCUUUGCCCUGGAGAAGACCUUUGAGCAGACCAAGUACUUGGCUGGCCCUGAGAGGGCACGGCUGGCAUACUCACUGGGGAUGACUGAGUCACAGGUCAAGGUGUGGUUCCAGAACCGAAGGACCAAGUGGCGGAAGAAGAGCGCCCUGGAGCCGUCGUCCUCCACGCCCCGGGCCCCGGGCGGCGCGGGAGCGGGCGGGGAGCGCGCCGCCUCGGAGAACGAGGACGACGAGUACAACAAGCCGCUGGACCCCGACUCAGACGACGAGAAGAUCCGGCUGCUGCUCCGCAAGCACCGCGCCGCCUUCUCGGUGCUCAGCUUGGGCGCCCACAGCGUCUGACGCCCGCCCCCGUCCCCGCCCCCGUCCC